ACAAGCUUUUUGUUCAGAAUUUUUCAGAAAGAGUAUAAAAAAUCAAAUUUUGCACUGCAGGCGCACAGUGCCGGCUAAAAAUCAACAUUAAUUAAAAAUUUUUACGUCGUUUUUAGAUUAUGGAGGAGUGCGUCGAAAUCGGAUCUUCCGACGAUGAGCCUCAGCAUGUCGAACGGGGCAGCCGUGAGUCGGAGCGAAUAGGCAUAUCUUCUGCGUCCUCUUCUCCGCACCCGCCGACCAAUUCGGAACGGUCCAACACGCCGGUAUCGGCUAAUCUUCGCAAUUCCAACCAAAUCGCGAAUCGCGCUCGUUUCAAAGACGCAGCGGGUCAGCUGAAGAAACUGGAGGUGGAUCCAAAAUUCCUAGCCAACUUUAAUCCACAAACUUCCCGGCGGGAAAAACGAAAGCUAAACAGAAAAACUAGCUCGGCUGCGCCCAAGAAUACGGGUUUGUAUAACGAUAAAGGAGUGCAUCGGGAAAGCGGUCGCGAUAUGUGUGACUGCUUGGAUAUGAACUGCCCGGGAUGUCACUUCCCGUGCCAGUGUUGCGGUAGUACUCGGUGUGGUCCCCACUGUCGGGUGAACCGGAAAUGGAUGUACGAAACGAUCGAGCACGAUGCGAAAGAUUUGAUAAUUAGAAAUAAGUUAAUGAUAAAGAGAUGAAUUUCGACGCGAAUAAUAUAUUAUUUGUAGUUAAUUUUGGA